AUGCGUUGUUUGGGAGACGGCAAAAGAUGCCACAGAUGCGAGGCGAUAGGAUUGGAGUGUAUCUAUACCGAGAGUCACGGGCGAAACAAGCGACAGGACACCACCAAAGGCUCGCGGGCAGCCAUUCGACGUAACAACAGCGUCUCCAUUCGGACUGUAUUCGAUGAAGCAGACAACCAGGGAAAAUCCAGCCAAGACCUAUCAUUGGAUGAUUUGGACUGCAAUAAGUUCAACGAUGGCUGUAUCGACGAGUCGCUGUUUAUGCCAUGGAUCAUGAAUACUCCCAUACAGCAAAGCUCACCUGGUAGAUCCAGAUCAAGCAGUGGCGGCAUUCAAACCCCUGUCGCUGACCUGGCAGUAACGAGGCCUCCCUUUUCAGCAAGAAGGCGCAGUGCUACAGAGGCGGUGCAGGACCAGCUCCCAGGAAUUCCAACGGCCAAUCCCUCGUUUGCGUCGCUACUCGGGCCGUCUAAUAGCAGCAGCACAGGCGAUGCCGAAUGUUGGCAAGAUGUUUACCUGAGUCAAGACGAUAUUGUUUGGAUGACGACUACCGAUGUACAUGCGACGGUGGGCUCGAUAUCCAAAACGCUGCCUGUUGAACCCUUGGGCGAGACACGUACAGAGUCCGACAACUGUUGUCUGUUAAGUUCCGUCUCCUUUCUCGAACGGCUGUCGUCCAAAGGCUCUUCGCGCGAGGACUGCCUUGACCUGCUCCUCGCUGACCUGCGCAACUCCAUUGAGACUCUGGCCGUAUUCAUCUCAUGCGACAGAUGUGCGACUCGAGUAGAGCAGAACAUGCUGCUUGCCAUGGCGGCUAGACAAAUCGGGGUCAUCUGCGGCAGGAUGGCCAACUGUUGCAAGGCGAUACAUCAGGGUAGUCUGAGCGAAACAGGCUCCUCGCAGCGGGGAAGUGAGCCUGUCCCCUGUCCGAUUCCGGUUAAUGUUUCGGUUGCCACGUAUUGCGUCAACCGACGUGAGAAGCUGCACCUGCUCGGCAGCCUUGUGGCGUUGCAAAUAAUGGAUUUCCAAAGGCAAAUCAAUAUAAUCAAGUCUCAACAAUAUCGCAAUCGGCCAAAUAAAGGGCAAGUAGAGGCCCUCAGUGAGGCAGAGAAUCAUGUCAAGUUGGCGCAGGUUUCGCUCAGCAGUGAUUCAUGACACGGUUAGAUAGCGAAGGUAGAGGGAGGUGACGCACGAACUCAUGCUACCCUACGCAGUCUUCCACGACCGAUCUAGCCCUCUAGUGUUUCCCUCAUUCGUCUGACGGAGGGAACAGCCAAGCCUUGUCGUAGUGAGCUUGUUUAGCCUCCCGCCGCGGCGUCAGAAUCUGGGCUAACGAAUCGACGAGUUGUGAAUAAGC